AUGGCACCUAUUGCCAGCGUCGCAGUUGCAGGGGGGACAGGUAAUGUGGGUAGGGCUAUCGUUGAGGCCAUCCUAGCCACUGGGAAGUAUGAAGUCAAGAUCCUGUCUCGAAAGCCAAACCCAGAACUCGAGGCCGAGAUCGGCGCGCCCAUUGUCCCGGUUGACUAUUCUGACGUCAAUGCCAUCGUGAAAGUGCUUGAAGACAACAACAUCGAUACGGUGGUCUCGGGAAUUGCCAUGCACAGCGCUGAUGGCAGCACGCCGAAUGAACUCGAGCUGAUCCGAGCUGCGGACCUGUCCAAAACCACCCGGCGACUCAUAUCGAGCGGGUGGGGCACGCCCGUCCAGAGCCGCCCUGUCCAGUCGAGUGCGAUCGCUUCAGAAAUCCACAAGUCCAAUGCACGCAGAGAACUCGAGAAAACAGAGAACCUAGAGUACACCGUGUUCCACAAUGGCUACUUCAUGGACUACUGGGGCAUCCCCGUCGUCAAGUCGUGGCUGGCCCGGAUGCCCCUAGUGUUUUGGCUAGAUAUCGCCAACAACGCGGCGGCGAUCCCGGGGUCCGGCAACACGCCCGCGAUCUUCACCCACACCACCGACGUCGCACGGUUUGUCGCUGCCAGCUUAGACCUCCCGAAGUGGGAACCCGAUACAUACAUCUUCGGCGACCGGGUGACGUGGAAUGAGUUUCUCCACUGGGCCGAGGACGCCAAGGGGACCAAGUUCAACGUCGCCUACGACAGCACGGAGAAGCUGAAGUUGGGCCAGACCACCGAACUCCCGGCCCAGAUUCCCUCGUACCCGUUCUUCCCGAAAGAACCCCAGCAGGCCAUGGCCGCCGCUUUUGGCCUCUGGUUUGAGUACGGCAUUUGCGACCUGAAACCCACGAAGGCCUUUCUGAACGAGACGUUUCCGGAGAUCAAGCCGCUGAGGGUGAAGGAGAUGCUGGACCAGGCAUGGAGAAAAGCCUAG